UUGGCAGGAGUGACCAGAAUAAAAACAGCAACACCAGACAUAGAAGAAAAAAAAGUGCAAUGAUCCAUCGAACCAAAGGCUUUGCCCUUUCCUAAUUACGUCGUGUCCAGUAUCAUUUUCUUUUUUCCUCCCCUCUUCAUUUUUUUGAGACAUUUUUGAAGUGGUAAUUAGCUCUUAGAGAAUAAAACCAGCUGAUUCGGGGAGGGCCAGUGCAUUUUGGGGCGAGAUGGCUAACAGGAGGGUUGCGUUGCUCCUUCUCGGAUUCUUCCUCACCAUACAGCUGAGUCCUUCGCUGCAAGGAGGGGUGUAUGUGCCACCGGGUUCAGCUGGAGCAGGACCAGGAGGUGCUGGAUUGUUACCAGGUGCUGGAUUUUACCCAGGUGCUGGGACGUCCCAAUACAAAGCAGCAAAAGCAGCAGGAGGAUAUGGAGGUGCUGCUGGGACUCAGACAGGAGCUUUAGGGGCUGGAGGUUAUGGAGCUGGUGGUUAUGGUUAUGGUUAUGGUGCUUAUGGUGCAUAUGGUGGUGCUGGAAGAUUUUACCCAGUGGCUGGAGGUCUGAAACCGGCUAAACCAGGUGCUGGGCUACCUGGAGGAGGUCUUCCUGGAGGAGGUCUUCCUGGAGGUGCUGGUGGAAAGCCUGCUAAAGGAGGGCCAGGUGCAGGAGGAACUGGUCCUGGUUCUGGCCUCCCAGGCCUUGUCAUUCCUCAGACUGGGGUACAAGGACUGGGCCCUGGUGGGGUUGGACCUGGGGGAAAAGCCGCGAAGCCUGGGAAAGCUCCAGUGCCAGGAGUGGGAGUGCCUGGACCUUAUCAAGGAGGAAUUGUUCCUGGACAAGGCUUCAAUGGGCGGGGUGUUCUUCCUGGUGUAGCCACAGGAACUGGACUCAAACCUAAAUCAGCUGCUGGUGGAGGGCAGGGUCUGGUACCAGGUGGUGGGGGCCGUGGAUAUGGACCACUGCAACAAGGAGUAUUUCACGGAUACCCUCUCAAAUCUCCCAAAGCCCCAGGUGCUGGGUUACCCUACACUGGUGGUAAACUUCCAUACGGUUAUGGUGGUUUUGGUGGAGGUGCUGGACUCCCUGGUGGGAAAAGAGGAGCUGGCUCCAAGCCAGGUUAUCCAACAGGGACUGGUGUGGGGACUUUAGGGGUCUCUGCUGCACAGGCCAAAGCUGCUAAAUAUGGUACUGGAGCUGGAUUUGGUGGGGCUGGAGCUUUUCCGGGUGGUGCUGGUGGACUUUACCCUGGUAUAGGAGUUGGUUUAGGUGGUGUUGGAGCAGGUGGUGCUGGUGGAGUUUACACAGGGGCAGGAGGUGCGGGUGUUCUUACCCCAGCUCAAGCUAAAGCAGCUAAAUAUGGUGCUGGUCCUGGUGUUACUGGUAUUGGUGGUGUACCAGGCGCAGGUGGACUCUUUCCUGGGGCAGGGGGUCCUGGUGCCCUCUCCCCUGCUCAGGCAAAAGCUGCUAAAUAUGGUGCAGGAGUAGUUCCUGGUGGUGCUGGGAUUGUUCCUGGUGGUGCUGGGAUUGUGCCAGGAGCUGGAGGGGUUUAUCCUGCAACGGGAGGUCUUACUCCCGCUCAAGCCAAAGCAGCUAAAUAUUCCCAACAUUUCAGUGGGGCAGCUGGAACUGGUGUUGGAGGACUGUACCCUGGAGCUGGAGGUGCACCAGUUGGUGGAGUAGUGGGGGGAGCCGGGGGAAUUCCUGGAACAGCACCAGGGGCUGGAGUGUAUCCAGGUGGAGUGAAGCCUCCUAAAUAUGGAGGAGCAAGAGGGGCUGGUGUUGUCCCAGGCUAUGGUUCUGUUGCUGGGUUCGGAGGAGUUCCUGGAGCUGUGCCUGGGGCUGGAGGGUUAGGAGCUGGCGCCAAACCUCCUAAAUAUGGAGUGCCUGGAGGAACAGGUUUGGGGGUCCCCGGAGGAGUACCAGGAGGAGUACCAAUAACUGGAGCAGGAGCAUACCCUGCUGGUGCCAAGGCUCUAAAAUAUGGUUUGGGUGCUGGUGGUGGUUUACCAGGUAGGACUGGUGUUGUGCCUGGAAUAGGUUUGGGUGGAGCUGGUGGAGUCCCAGGUGGAGUUGGAAUAGGAACUGGAUAUGGAGGAUAUGGGACUGGGGCAAAACCACCUAAAUAUGGUGUUCCCGGUGGAGUACCCGGUGGAGUACCAGGUGGAGUACCUGGAGGUGUACCUGGAGGGUAUCCAGCAGGAGUUAAACCUCCGAAAUAUGGAGUUGCAGGAGGAGCAGGUACAGUACCUGGUGCAGCAGGAGUGCCACUGCCUGGAACUGGGACGGGACUGAUACCAGGAGCCGGGGUUGGAGGAUAUCCUGGUGGAGUCAAACCUCCUAAAACUGGCGCUGGGAUCACUGGAACUGGAAUAGCAGCUCCUGGAGCAACACCUGGUGGUGACGUGGUGGUCGUACCGGGUGGCACUGGCAUCGGUGUUCCUGGAGGUACUGGUCUGCCCGUUGCACCAAGUGGAAAACCAGCAAAGCUUCCAACGCUGGCUCCUGCAGGGACUGCUGUACCGGGUCCUGGUGGGGUUUACCCAUAUGGAUAUGGCCCAUUUCCUGGUGGCACUGGAGCAGCUGGAAUUGGAACUGGUGUGUUACCUGGAGCCAAACCUCUGAAAGCCCCUGGCGUUGGAGGAGCAGGCGGUGUCGCAGGUGUAGGGGGAGUUGGAGGGGCAGGACUCGUACCUGGAGCAGGUGGAGGGUAUCCAUCAGGUGUUGGUGUGGGAGCUGGUGGUGUUGGAGCUGGUGCUAAACCACCUAAACCAGGCUACGGCUCUUUGGGUACAGGAUACGCACAGCCAGGUGGUGUAGCUCCAGGAGGAUAUGGAGGAUAUCCACAAGCAUAUCCAGGGGGAUAUGGAGCAGGACUGUCACCACAACAAGCAAAAGCAGCCAAAUAUGGAGGUGGACUGACAGGAUUCCUGGGAGCAGGUUAUCGAGGUGGAGCCGGCUGCCAAGGAAAAUACUGCGGGAGGAGGAGAAAGUAAAGGAUCUCUUGAGAUGUGAAGUGACCUCAAGAAACAUGGUGCUACUGCAUGCUCCAGAAUGUACUUUUGAUACUCAAACAAACAAUCCCAACAUGCACAAGUGUUAUGUUUUGUACUGAUCGUAAAUAUUUGUAACAAAUCCAGAUCCCCGAACCGUCUAGUGUUUUGUGAAGAUAAUUCCAAUUCUAAUGGCACAUUCCAUCACCUUACUGUUUCCUAGUGUAGGGUUGCAUAUAACCGGGUUGAUUAGCUGGCAAUGCUGUUGUGUAGCUGUAAACGUUUUAACCACCGACCUCUUAUUUGUGUACGUUUCUGAGUCCAUCCGAAGCUCUUUUGCUCAGUCGCGGUCACGAUCUGGCGCUCUAGACUCUCACAUCUUCCAGCGUCCUCGCCGACUCGUGAGUGAAAGCGUCCUGUCAUUCUGCUGAUUAAACUCCGGGUUGAAAUACUUCACAUCUGGCUGUGCUUCAGCUCAGGGGUUUGCCUGUUAUUUUUACCCUUCAGCAUCUUUCUGUGCAGAUGGGUCUUAAGAUUACAGUGCUUUAUGGGUGACUCUCUCUCUCUCACACACACACACACACA